AUGCUCGCUACCCGCCAGGUUCUGGGCAACAUGUCCCGGGGCCGCGCCCUCGCUGGCGCUGCUUCUGGCAUCCGCCGCAUGGCAACCGUCUCAGACAACCCUCUGGACAAGAAGGUCCGCCAGAACAACUGGGAGGAGGGUAACUUCAUCAACUACAAGAAGAUGUCCGAGAACCUCGACAUCGUUCGCUCUCGUCUGAACCGACCUCUGGCCUAUGCCGAGAAGAUUCUGUACUCCCACUUGGCUGAUCCCCAUGGUCAGGAUAUCCAGCGUGGUAAGAGCUACCUCAAGCUGCGACCUGACCGUGUUGCUUGCCAGGAUGCUACCGCUCAGAUGGCUAUCCUUCAGUUCAUGUCCGCUGGCAUGGACAAGGUUGCCAACCCCACUACCGUUCACUGUGACCACUUGAUCGAGGCUCAGGUUGGUGGUGAGAAGGAUCUUGCUCGCGCUGUUGACAUUAACAAGGAGGUCUACAACUUCCUUUCUACUGCUUGUGCCAAGUACGAUAUCGGUUUCUGGAAGCCCGGUUCCGGUAUUAUUCACCAGAUUCUCCUUGAGAACUACUGUUUCCCCGGUGGUCUUCUCAUUGGUACUGACUCUCACACUGUCAACGGUGGUGGUCUCGGUAUGGCCACUAUUGGUGUUGGUGGUGCCGAUGCUGUCGAUGUCAUGGCUAACCUUGACUGGGAGCUCAAGGCCCCCAACGUCAUCGGUGUUAAGCUGACUGGUCAGCUCAACGGCUGGACUGCUCCUAAGGAUAUUAUCCUCAAGGUCGCUGAUAUCCUCACUGUCAAGGGUGGCACUGGUGCCAUCGUUGAGUACCACGGCCCUGGAACCGAUGCUAUCUCUUGCACUGGUAUGGCUACUAUUUGCAACAUGGGUGCUGAGAUUGGUGCCACUACCUCCGUCUUCCCCUUCAACGACCGCAUGUACGACUACCUUGCCGCCACCAAGCGAAAGGAGAUCGGUGACUUCGCCCGCUCCUACGCCCACGGCCUCCGCCCUGACGAGAACGUCGAGUACGACCAGCUCAUCGAGAUCAACCUCUCCGAGCUCGAGCCCCACAUCAACGGUCCCUUCACUCCUGAUCUGGGAACCCCUAUCUCCAAGUUCAGCCAGGCUGUCAAGGAGAACGGCUGGCCCGAGGAGCUCAAGGUCGGUCUGAUUGGUUCUUGCACCAACUCCUCUUACGAGGACAUGACCCGUGCCGCCUCUAUCGCUCGUGAUGCCCUCAACCACGGUGUCAAGGCCAAGUCUGCCUUCACUGUCACCCCUGGUUCUGAGCAGAUCCGUGCCACCAUUGAGCGUGACGGUCAGCUCCAGACCUUCGAGGAGUUCGGCGGUAUCGUCCUUGCCAAUGCUUGUGGUCCUUGCAUUGGUCAGUGGGACCGACGUGAUGUCAAGAAGGGUGAGGCCAACUCUAUCAUUUCUUCUUACAACCGUAACUUCACCGGCCGAAACGACGGUAACCCCGCCACUCACUCUUUCGUCGCUUCUCCCGAUCUGGUUGUCGCCAUGUCCAUCGCCGGAUCCCUCCACUUCAACCCUCUUACCGACACCCUGAAGGACAAGGACGGCAAGGAGUUCAAGCUUGCUCCUCCUACUGGUGACGGUCUCCCUAACCGAGGCUACGACCCCGGCCAGGACACUUACCAGGCCCCUCCCAAGGACCGUGCCAGCGUCAGCGUCGAUGUUGCCCCUACCUCCGACCGUCUCCAGAUCCUUACUCCUUUCCAGCCUUGGGAUGGCAAGGACGCCAAGGACAUGCCCAUUCUCAUCAAGGCCAAGGGCAAGACCACCACCGACCACAUCUCCAUGGCCGGUCCCUGGUUGAAGUACCGUGGUCACCUUGACAACAUCUCCAACAACAUGUUGAUUGGUGCCAUCAACGAGGCCAACGAGGAAGCCAACAAGAUCAAGAACCACACCAAUGGUGAGUGGGGUGCUGUUCCCGCUGUCGCCCGUGACUACAAGUCCAAGGGUAUCAAGUGGGUUGUUAUCGGUGACUGGAACUACGGUGAGGGCUCUUCUCGAGAGCACGCCGCUCUUGAGCCCCGUCACCUUGGUGGUCUUGCCAUCAUCACCCGUUCUUUCGCUCGUAUCCACGAAACCAACUUGAAGAAGCAGGGUAUGCUCCCUCUUACCUUCACUGACCCCGCCGACUACGACAAGAUCCGACCUGAUGACCGUGUCGACAUCCUCUGCACCAAGCUCGAGUCUGGCAAGCCCCUCCCCCUCAUUGUCCACCCCGCCGAUGGCAGCGAGUCCUUCGAGGUCUCUCUGUCCCACACCUUCAACGACGCUCAGAUCGAGUGGUUCAAGAAUGGCUCUGCUCUUAACACCAUGGCCAAGGCCGCCAAGAACUAA